UCUGCUCUAUCCGUCUGCUUCUUCUGCUAAAAAUCUCUCUGCUCUAUACAUCUUCUUCUUGUGCUCUGCAAAAUUAUAUUUCUGAUAUAUACAUAUACUUUUGUGUUCUGCGAAAUACUUAUUCCCGAUUUCUUUUACUUCAUCUAUCUGUUUCUCAAUCUGCAGGUAUAAGACAGGUUUGUUUCUGUUUAAAAUUCUAUUAUUCUGUUUUUGUUUCUAACGCCAUGGAUGUAGGAUCAGGAAAAGCUUAUUCUGAUUUGAAUGCGCAGUCUAGAUGGCCGCUUCAUCAGUUUUUCCAUAGAAGGAAUUCUAAAGAUAAUUUGGAUAGAUUCAUACCGAACAGAUCAGCCGUGGACAUGGACUACGCCAGAUACAUGCUGACAGACGGGAGGAAAGGUAAGGAGAAUCCGGUCAGAGAAGGAGCAGUGGAGACGAGCUCGCCAUCGAAUGCCUACCAGAAGCAGUUGGCGGAGGUCUUGAACAUAAACCGUACUCGAAUCCUGGCUUUCAAAAACAAACCAACAGAAACUUCCAAAUGGAUUCCCAAUGAACAUUUAGUUUCUUCUCUUCAACCUCCCAGAUCUACAAAGCCUCUUAGGCAUAUUCCACAGACAUCGGAGAAGACAUUAGAUGCUCCUGACAUCGUUGAUGAUUUCUACCUGAAUAUACUGGAUUGGGGAAGUGCUAAUGUUCUUGCUAUUGCCUUGGGGAGCACGGUGUAUCUGUGGGAUGCGUCCACCGGUUCUGCAUCGGAACUAGUCACCAUUGACGACGAAGAUGGACCUGUUACAAGCCUCAGCUGGGCUCCGGACGGUCGAAAUAUCGCCAUCGGCUUGAAUAAUUCCCAUGUCCAGCUGUGGGAUUCUGGGUCCAAUCGACAGUUGAGAACUUUGGGAGGCGGACACAGUCAUGGAUGCCGGGUGGGGUCAUUAGCAUGGAACAAUCACAUUCUGACAACCGGAGGAAUGGAUGGUCAAAUCAUAAACAACGAUGUUAGAGUAAGAUCCCACAUUGUGGAAACCUACAGAGGACACAGACAUGAGGUCUGUGGGCUGAAAUGGUCAGGGUCAGGCCAGAAACUAGCGAGCGGAGGCAACGACAAUCUUGUUCACAUUUGGGACAGAUCCUUAGCGUCAUCCAGUUCAGAAAGACAACAGUGGCUACACAGAUUAGAAGAGCAUACAUCUGCAGUGAAGGCUCUGGCAUGGUGUCCUUUCCAAGGGAACCUUCUGGCCUCCGGCGGUGGCGAAGGAGACAGGUGCAUAAGGUUUUGGAACACCCAAACGGCAGCUUGCUUGAACACGGUGGAUACAGGAUCCCAGGUAAGUUCAUUGCUGUGGAACAAGAAGGAGAGGGAAUUGCUAAGCUCACAUGGUUUCUUUCACAACCAGCUAACUCUCUGGAAAUAUCCAUCAAUGAUGAAAGUUGCUGAGUUAACUGGUCAUAAAUCGAGGGUGCUGUGCAUGGCGCAGAGUCCAGAUGGGUGCACGGUGGCGUCGGCGGCAGGGGAUGAAAGGGUAAAGUUGUGGAAUGUGUUUGGGGUGCCGGAAAAGGCGGCUAAAGCUGCACGAAAACAGAACCGUGAGCCAUUUUCGCAUCUGAGUCGGAUCCGCUGAGAGAGGGAGGUAGGAAGAAGCUGCUGUGAUUUGAAUGAUGUAAAAAAUUUGAAUGAUCCAUAUCUGCUGAGAGAGAUGGAAGAAGAUGUAUAUAUGAUUUUGAAUGAUGUAAAAAGAAAUGUAGUCACACGCUCGUGUGACGGACGAACCACGUAAAUGGUAUAUUCUUUACAAGAA